GGAAGGAGAACAGUGUUAAAGCGGCGAUGAUGUAUGACGAUAUGCUUGAUGCAUGAUCGAGUCCUCAGCUCGUCGAUGAUGAGCAUUGCAUUACAACAGGCCUAGUAUCACGAAAAUCACGACAAUUUCUGGAAAGCCUUCUCAAUCGGUCUACCAUACUACUUGAUCGCCGGCCCGUUUGAUCGACGCCGUGCUGUUUACUGCUUUGACUUAGCUGCUCUGGUGACUUGGAGAACUGACUAUCUGAGUGCAUCUGUCAACCACGCUUGGUACACAUUUUAUGCUUCGAAGUAUCCUUCCAAAAAGGACUAUCAGACCACUGCUCACGGCGAGGAGCUUCUCCAAAAUGGCGCUCAAGACUCUUGGACCAAAAGCUGCCGCCGACCUAGACAAGGAGCUCAUGAGCGAGGAUGGAGGCUUCACAAUCGACCAAUUGAUGGAGUUGGCUGGACUGAGCGUAUCAGAGGCCGUCUACAAAGUGCACCCACCCUCCAAAGGAAAAAACGUCCUCAUUGCCUGCGGGCCGGGGAACAACGGAGGUGACGGCCUUGUCUGCGCCCGUCAUCUAUAUCACUUCGGCUACACCCCAACAAUCUACUACCCGAGACCAACCAACGCGGCCAUCUUCACAGGCUUGACGAAACAGCUAAACCACCUACACAUCCCGUUCCUCAAGGACAACGAGGACUUUACAUCCGCACUAUCCCAAACGGACUUCAUCGUCGAUGCCCUCUUCGGCUUCAGCUUCAAGCCACCCGUCCGUGAGCCCUUUGACGCUAUUUUGCAAGGCAUCAUCGACAGCAAAAAGCCUGUCCUGGCAGUUGACACGCCCUCAUCUUGGAAUGUGGAUGAUGGACCGCCAGAAAAGGGCCAGGUUGGUCACGACUUUAUGCCGGAGUACUUGAUCAGUCUGACUGCCGCGAAACCGUCGGUCAAGUUUUAUAAAGGUAAACGACAUUUCAUCGGUGGUCGGUUCUUGUCGCAGGACGUGGCGAAUAAGUAUGGCCUUGAUGUGCCGGAUUAUCAGGGCGUGGAUCAGAUUGUGGAGGUGCCGGUUGAUGCUUCGAUCGAGAAGUUAUAGUACCUCGGAGUAGUAGGGGUCGAGAUUGAUACAAGUACAACAGGCACGAAAGCAGGCAGAGUCAGAAGGCUUUUGUGCAGGGUAGAUAACACAUGAACGACAUGCAAAAAUUGAUGAUAUCCAUGGAACACAAUUGGAA